GAGACUCUGAGGAAAAUGAGGCAAGAGUACCAGGAGCUUGAGGGGAGAAGCAGACAGGGCACAUCGCUACCCAGCCUGUGGGAAAGGGGCAGGCGAGGCAAGCUGUGCCCUUUGGACACAGGACAGGGCCUGUUGAUGACAAAAGGACGCACCUGCUUGCCCACACCCCUCAGGGCUGCAGGAAAGGGGGAGCCUGUGCCCACCAGCCUACCAGGACCUCACCCAGCCCAGCUGAGCCAGUCUGCCCCUCUUCUGGGGGAACCACUGCUAGACUCUGCAUCCCUGCUCCGGGUGCGAGCCCACAUCCAAACAAGACUUGGGGGAAGUGAGACUGAUACAGAAACCCACAGAACAAGGCAAUUGCUACCUGCUCUGCCUACCAGACGAGGAAGGACUCCCAAACUCCUGGAGCCCCUGGCCAGUGGGCAGAGGGAGGAAGCCGUGCGGCUGGGCUGCAAGCACCCACUGCCCCUUAAACCCAUCGGCUUGCUGCCCCUGACCUCCGUGUCCAAGGCCAAGAGGGAGAGACUGAUCUGGAGGGCGACCCAUGGACCUCACAGGGCCCGGGGUGGGGGGAGCGAGGGGAGUAGCUCCAGCAGCCUGAGCAGUCAGGGCUCUCUGGACUUGGAGGAGGAAGAAGUAGAGGAGGCAGAGGAGAAAGAGGAGACCAGUGAGGGCACAGGGGGCUUGGGGAAUGAGCCAGCAGAAAGCAAAGAGGUGCCCCUUGCUACUGUACUCUGUGAAAGUUCAGCCUUGGACCUGUUGCCUUCUCUACAGCCUUUUAUCAGAACAAAGCAUGAGGCUGCGGAUUUAUCAGGAAAACAAGGGGCCAUUGAUGACUUUAUAGAGGACAGGGGAUCUAUUAUAUCUCGUUCUGACAGGACAGUGGACUGUGAGGUGCUGUUUGGGGCUGCCCAGUCAGAGUUGGCACAUGGUUUGGGCUGCAAGCUUCCAGAAAGGAUUUGCAAUGGCACAGACAUUAAUGACACUGAAGAUACAACAGUCAGUGGUACUGGAAAGGGUCAAGCUGCUCCACAGCUCGCUGAGGCAGAGCUCAGAGCCCAAUCAUUGGGCACAGGAUCUCCGUUUCCAGAGAAGAACACAGACAAUGUCACAGAAACAACCAGAGUUUAUGAUCUCAGAUCCCAAAGCACUGCAGUCACUAAUCAGCUCGGUUUACAUGUGGUGCACAUCACAGUGUCUGAAUCUGAUGUACUAGCAGAGGAAACUAGCAAUCCUAGCAAAGCCCAUCACACCAAAGAAAAAGAAAAUGGAAUUUCCUUUCAGACCAAUGAGUCCUUCAACAUCCUGGCUCACAAAGACCACAGCCGCUUUACCAGGAAGUCCAAAAGCCACCAGAGGAGCACAUUCAGAGCUGCACAUCUCAAAGGCAACAUUAGAAAUCCUCCGGAUCUGACCGUCAGCACAGAGGCAACUGCAAAACCAUGUUCGCAAAGGACAAGCAGCCAGAAGGCCAGCCAGAAAACCACAAGUCUUCUUCCACGAAACAGGCCAGCAGAGCAACUUCGGCCGAUCAUGAAAAGACCUGGCACUGACAGAGGGAGCUCAAAUAAACUAGAUGUCCUGGCCCGAAAACAAUCCCUUCAGCGGGACCUGAAGUGUACCCGGCAGCCAAAGAAGGUGGGAUCACAGGUGAUGCCGAGGGCCAAAUCAGCCGUGGAUUUCAUCACCUACAGUGACAUGUUCCAAGAGAUCAACCAAGGAGACAAUGGGCCGGCGAUUUACGAGAUGUUCGCCACCCCCGUCUAUGACAACCUCCGCGUGUGCACCUCACGAGUGAGAUUCAGUCCCAGGCAAGUACAGUCUGCCCCUCCCAGGAAGAACCAGGGGCGGAGAAAUCUGAACCACCUCAAACCUUUGGAGAACAGUCGGCAGAAAAAAGGGCAGAGGGAGAAGUCCAGCCCCGCCAGAGGCAAGGCCAAAAGGAAGAGUGACGUUACAGCCAGAGGAAAGUCUAGCACACCAUUAGCUAGCGAAGAUGAAGAGGAGGAUGUUGUCUUCAUAUCCGGCCUUAACUGGCACAUCAAGACCACCAAGUGUGAGCUGAUCUUCGGUGAGGCUGAUGCAGAGAAUGAGCCUUGUGUGGAAGAGCAGCAGGAAGAACAGAACCUGUCUGUGAUUGAGGAGGUCCUCUCCAAUUACCCGUCAGAAACACGUGCAGCGACUGGAGACGAAAACCCUCCCACUUCACCUGAGCCACAGCAAAUAGCUUGUCAACAGACCUUAAAUGACCAACUACCUGCAGAGGAUGAGGGGCCACUAAGUUCCCCACAAAAUGAAUUUUACUGUGAGAAACCCGAAUCGUCAUGUUCACCAUCUUUCCCAAAACAGCCAAAGCGGAACACUUGGACCUCUGGCAGCAGGGACAGGACUAUGUCACCCAUGUUUAAGAAGUACCUGGAUGUGGCUGGCGAGGGACCUCUGACGGAUGACCUUCUGCAAUGCCUGGCCAAGGAGCUGAUAUCACUGGAGGAGGGAGAGGUGACUCUCCAACCUGAAAACAGGGCCUCAUGCGAGAAAGGAAUACAAGAAGUUUCACAGGCAGAAAAAGAAAAUCCAUUACCUGAAGGAAUUAUGUCAUCUGGAGAGAGCAGUGCUGCAGAAUUGUCUCCAGAGGGCGAAGUCCGGUGGACGAAAGGAGAAAUUCUGGGAAGAGGAGCCUAUGGAACAGUGUACUGCGGGCUGACUGACCAGGGUCAGCUGAUCGCUGUCAAGCAGGUGGCCCUGGAUGACUCAGACCCUGAGACGGCAGGCAGGGAGUACCAGCGCCUUCAGGACGAGGUGGACCUGCUGAAGACGCUGCGCCACAUGAACAUUGUAGGCUUCCUGGGCACGACCCUCCAGGACAACGUGGUGAGUAUCUUCAUGGAGUAUGUCCCAGGUGGAUCCAUCGCCAGCAUCAUCCACCGCUUCGGCCCGCUGCCCGAGAGGGUUCUGGCCCUCUACACCCGGCAGAUCCUGGAGGGGGUGGCCUACCUGCACAAGAACAGGGUCAUCCACAGGGACCUGAAGGGCAACAAUGUCAUGCUCAUGCCCACUGGCAUUGUCAAGCUCAUCGACUUCGGCUGCGCCCGGCGACUCAGCUGCCUGUCGCACUCCAGCAGCAAUGGCGAGCUCCUCAGGUCCGUGCACGGCACCCCCUUCUGGAUGGCCCCGGAAGUGAUCAACGAGACAGGCCAUGGCAGGAAGUCAGACAUUUGGAGUGUGGGCUGCACGGUGUUCGAGAUGGCCACGGGACGCCCGCCGCUAGCGCACAUGGAGAAGAUGGCCGCCCUCUUCUAUAUUGCUGCCAGGAGGGGUCUGAUGCCCACACUACCGGAUGAGUUCUCAGAGGAUGCCAGGAAUUUUGUCCAAGCAUGUCUGACAAGUGACCAGAGGGAUCGGCCUUCGGCUCAAGAACUUCUGUUGUACCCCUUCAUCCCCCCACAAUCCACAGCAUCCUCCUCCACCUAGACUGACACUACUCACAGCCUGAUGGGUCCUCUGCAGGACUCGCGCUCCUUACAGCCUAUGAGAGCCCUCUGCAGGACUCACACUCCUUACAGCCUAUGAGAGCCCUCUGCAGGACUGACACUCCUCACAGCCUAUCGUGAGCUCUCUGCAGGACUGACCCACCUCACAGCCUAUCAUGAGCCCUCUGCAGGACUCACACUCCUUACAGCCUAUGAGAGCCCUCUGCAGGACUGACACUCCUCACAGCCUAUCAUGAGCCCUCUGCAGGACUCACACUCCUUACAGCCUAUGAGAGCCCUCUGCAGGACUGACACUCCUCACAGCCUAUCAUGAGCUCUCUGCAGGACUGACCCACCUCACAGCCUAUCAUGAGAGCCCUCUGCAGGACUGACAAUCCUCACAACCUAUCAUGAGUCCUUCUCAUGUCCAACAGCCUAUUGAACCAAUAGUGUAUGCCUCAAUGUCCCCCAACUCCUGAGAGAUUGGAACUGCUCAUAGCCACCCAAGUUUCUUCUUUCAUGAGCCUGGUCAAUGGUACCUAAGUCAGGAAGCGGAUGUUUGGCACAGCUUUCAGAGUGGUGUGCGUUUUAAAGACUAGGCGGUUUCAUGACCCAGAGAAAGGUGGCAGUAUCAGCUCCUUAAUCACACUACCUAAUAAGUGUAUGCAUGGAAUUUCAGAAAAACAUUUUUCGCCCCAGUAUUUCAAUCAAGCAACCAUGCUAAAUUAUAAUCAAGACAACCUAAACAUGGAUUUCCCAAAAAAACAAGGGUGGCACUAAAUGUUGACUAAUUAAAAUGUAUCAUGUAUAAUUUAGAUUUAGUGUGCCAAUACAUACAAACUGUAU